AAUGCACUGGGACGCGGUGACCUUCAAGGAUGUGGCAUUGAACUUCACCAAGGAGGAGUGGACCCUGCUGGCCCCGGAGCAGAGGGCCCUCUACCGAGAUGUGAUGCUGGAGAACAUCCGGAACCUGGCCUCCGUAGGUGAGGUGAUUCGACAGGAAACCAAAGUCUCGGCCUCUCGACAGGACAUUCUCGCUAAAAACACAGUUCGUGAAGCCAACAGAGUGCGUUUCACGAGCAACAGUCCCACUCCAGGAGGACACUUGGAUGGCCACAGAGCAGAGGAGCCACACAGGUGGAGGGGGCAGAAAGGGAGGCGCGUGGCGGCUGCCCAAGAGAAAGACGGCCGUCUGGUUCCAGUCUGCGAAACGAGGGAGAAGCUUGCGCCUCCGCAGGGAGAUCCCACCAGAAAACACACCCCCCAAAAUAUUUUGCAUCCAGACUGUGUCUUAAGGAGUAACCACAAAACCUCCGAAAACAGCGAGGACGACAGAGGAUUGCGGCAGCGCGUUCGAUCAGCUCCGAGUGUGAGAACUCCAACAGAGCGGCGAUCGGUCACGCCGGUCAAGAAUCAGAAUCGUGUGCUUCCUGAUAAAACAUUUCGGGGGGUAAAUGUCUCUGAAUUGGGGAAAGUCUUUCCGGAAGACUGUGUCCUUAGGGCACGCGAGACUCCCGUUCAAGAGAAAGUUUACGGGUCCAGCGAGCGUGAAAACAUUCCCCGAAGGAACCCGACGCCUGCUGUGCUGAUGCAAUCUUAUCCAGCGCAGACGAAGAACAAGAAUAAUCCAAGUGGGAAAAGCUUCGCCCACGUUCCACAUGCUGAGUCACACAGGAGCACGCGGAAAGGAGAGAAAAACUAUAGGUGUCAAGAUUGUGGGAAAUCCUACGCUUAUCAUUCGUACUUUAUGAAACACAGGAGCAUUCACACUGGAGAGAAGCCCCAUGCAUGUCAGGAGUGUGGGAAAGCCUUCCGAUAUUCGCUACACCUCAAGAAACACUUAUUCAGACACAUUGCGGAGAAGUCCCAUAAAUGUAAGGAGUGUGGGAGAGCCUUCCACAAGUCCUGGACGCUCACCAUGCACACGAGGACCCACACUGGAGAGAGGCCCUAUAAGUGUGCGGAGUGUGGGCAAGGCUACACGAAUAAUUCAUCGCUUAAGAGCCAUCUGAAGAAGCACAGCUAAGAGAGGCCCUCCGAAGGAAAGGGAGGUGGGGAAAGCUUCGCUUUUCUCAAAAUCCUGAAUGAGUGGAGAGGACAUGUUGGAAGGGAGCUCAAUAAGUCAACGGACAGGGGAAAGUCUUCCGUUAGCUCUUGCAUCUUACAGAAAUGGGGAAUUGCACACUGGAAAGAAAGCCGGUGAAGGUAAGAUCUGUGGAAAGCUUUUAACCUUCAUCUUUUUUUUAUCAAUUGUUGACACUAUUACAGAUGUCUCCCAUUUUUCUC